AUGAAACACAUGCCGCAGGAUGAAGUGAUCCAGGCGACGCUCGGCUGCCUGGUAGAGGCGGCUUUGGAUUGGUCGAAGGGAGGACUGACCGCUGUCAUGAAGCAUUUGGGGGAAGCGCAGGAGGCACUCAUUCGCAUCGGGUUCGGAGGCGUCCUGCGCUUCACCACUCAGUCGGGAUGGCAAGAGCAACGAUUCGGGCCACAGGUUCCUGAUCGUCCUCCAGCGCCAUUGUCACCUCGUGCACCCAAGCCUCCCCGGCCUCCGUGCCCCCCCGGCACGGCCGUUUCUGUCUUGCCGGUGGAUUUAGCCGUCGAUGACAGUCCAGAAAGCCACCAGCGCUUGGCUGCCCAGGCCAGACAACUGGCGGCUGCACGGCCAAUUCCUUCCUCCGGAGACCCUGUGCGCUCAAGAUUACUUGAGUUUGCAGACGGCCAGCUUGCGGAGGCGUGGGCUGCCGAAGAUGAUGCGCCGAAGAGCCAGCCAGCACCGAAGGCAGUGAUGCCUCAACGCAUGUUUGGCUACCCUCCUGGAGCCGGGAUUGCCGGGAUGCGACCAAGGAUCACUUACGGGGCGACUCAGCGGCCACUGCAGCGAUGA